AUGGCAGCCACUACUACUACUACAUCGAAACGGACGAUCGACUUCGAGCCGAAAUACAUCACCUUCGACUGCUACGGCACGCUCACCGACUUCAACAUGUCGCGCAUGGCGCGCGAGGUGUACGCGGACCGGCUCUCGGGCAGCGAGCUCGAGCGGUUCGUCAAGCUCUUCGCGGGCUACCGCGUCGACGAGGUCAUGGGGCCCUACAAGCCAUACCGCGACGUCAUCCUCGGCGCGCUGGCGCGGGCGUGCGCGCGCACCGCGGGCGCCGUCGCCUUCGACGCCGCCGAGGCCGAGCGCUUCUACGCCGCCAUCCCGUCGUGGGGCCCGCAUCCGGACGUGCCGGCCGGGCUGGGCCGGCUGGCGGCCAAGUACAAGCUGGUGAUCCUGUCCAACGCCGCCGACGACCAGAUCGCGCACAACGUCGAGAAGCUGGGCGCGCCCUUUUGGCGCGUCUUCACCGCGCAGCAGGCCGGCAGCUACAAGCCGCGCAUGCAAGGGUUCGAGUACAUGUUCGAGCAGCUGGGCUGCGGGCCUGAGGACGUGCUGCACGUGUCGAGCAGCCUGAGGUACGACCUGAUGACGGCGGAGGCCAUGGGCGUGGGGUGCAAGGUGUUUGUGAAGCGCGGGCACGAGCCGUCGACGCCCGAGUACAACUACUACGAGGUGGACGACAUUGGGCAGUUGGCGGACAUGCUGGGCGUGUAG